UAUAUAUAUGUGCGUAUGCUAAAAACUUAAGCUUAUCCUCUUACGCACACAAACUAUUAAAGAGAGAGAGAGAGAGUGCAUAUAUAAUCAUAUUCAAUGGAAGUAGCAAUGCUAGUUUUAUUUAUCAUAUUUGCCCAAAUCAUUGUCUAUGGUCUCACAGGGGUAGAGUCCGUAACCUUUACAUUAAAAAACAACUGCCCAUAUACCAUAUGGCCAGGGACUCUAUCUGGGUCAAGCAGCCCAAUGUUAUCUUCAACAGGUUUCGAGUUGGGUAAUGGGGCCACACUUUCACUUGAUGUGCCAACUCAUUGGUCUGGCAGGUUUUGGGCUCGUACACUUUGUCACUCUGAUCCCACUGGCAACUUCAGGUGUAUGACAGGGGAUUGUGGUUCUGGUGAGAUAUCAUGUAACGGAAAAGGAGGAGCUCCACCAGCAACCCUAGCAGAAUUUACCCUAGCAGGAAACAUGAACAAGGACUUCUACGAUAUCAGCCUUGUUGAUGGCUUCAACUUACCCUUAUCAGUGGUCCCACAAGGCGGAACUGAGUGUCCGUCUACAAGUUGCACAGCCAAUUUGAACACUCAAUGCCCAGAAACAUUGGCCGUUAAGGAUCAGGGGAGUACCAUAGGUUGUAACAGUGCAUGUGUGGCUUUGAACCAGCCACAAUAUUGUUGCACUGGGGAACACAACACACCUCAAACAUGCCCACCAACAAGUCAGUCACAAUACUUUAAGAAUCAGUGCCCUCAAGCUUAUAGUUAUGCCUAUGAUGAUCCUACAAGCACUUUUACAUGCCCUACGGGUGUGAACUACCUCAUCACUUUUUGCCCUUGAAGCUUUUGGUUAAACCUAUGUUACUUGGACUUACGUUUCCAAGUGUCUGACUCGGCUAUUUUACAAAAAAAAUGUAUGUUUAGUAUCAAAGAGCCCAUACCUUUGCUGGAGCAUGGAGGAGCCAACAUGGGUAAAAACUAGUUCUUCAAAUAGUAUUGUAGUAACUUGUAUUUGCUUAGAGGACAAUCUAUUCUGCAAAGCCAAUAAAAAAAGAAUCGUUUAUAUUAUA